AUGGGCCACGAGUUCACAGGUCGUGUCCUCAGCGCCCCAGCCAACUCAGGACUCGCUCCAGGAACGCCCGUGAUAGUAGAUCCGCGCAUCUUCUGCCGCUCAUGCUCAAGGUGUAUGGAUGGCCACACGCACGGCUGCACAGUGCUCGGUUUCAAAGGGCUAUCUGGCACCGGCGGUGGGUUCUCUGAGCGCAUCUGUGUGGAUGCGAAGAUGUGCCAUGUCCUUCCUGAGGGUACUGAUCUGAGUCUUGCGACACUAAUCGAGCCGCUGGCUGUGGCCUGGCAUGCAUUGGCUACGACUGGACUGAACGAUUGGGCCAACAGAAGUGUGCUGAUUAUCGGCGGCGGGCCGGUGGGGGUAGCCUGUACGAUCGUGCUGCGAGCAUUUGGCUGCAAGUGCGUCGUCGUGAGUGAGCCGACAGAAGUGCGGCAGAAGCAAAAUAAGAAGGUCGCUGAUGUAGUGUUGAAUCCUAUCAAAGACGAUGUUGGGGGUCGAUGUCGAGAGCUGACGGCAGGAGAGGGUGUCAAUGUUGUCCUUGACUGUGCAGGUAAUCAGAAGGGUGUUGAGGCUGGUAUGGACGCACUGAGGUAUAGGGGCAUGUACAUGAAUGUUGCGUUAUGGCUUGGAUCGCCUAUGCAGAUACCUUUCUUCCCUUUUAUGCUGAAAGAGAUCACGAUCAAGUGUUGUCUCGCAUACAACGACCAGGAAUUCAAAGAUGUCGUGGAGGCCUUUGUGGCUGGCAAAUUCCACGGCAUCGAAAGCAUGAUCUCGAGUAAGAUUCACAUCGACGAUAUCGUCGAAAAGGGAUUCGAAGAGUUAAUCACGAACAAAGACCAACAUGUCAAGAUCUUAGUAACGUCAGACAAGGCCAAGGUCUGA